CUCUUCCGUGCUCGUUCACCGCGCGCGGAGACGCUGCUGACGCCGACGCCGCGCAUCCGGCCCCAUCCGCGCCGCGCGCCGCCAUGCCGCCCAAGUUCGACCCUAACGAGAUCAAAGUCGUGUACCUGAGAUGCACUGGGGGGGAAGUUGGUGCCACCUCUGCACUGGCCCCCAAAAUUGGCCCCCUGGGUUUGUCCCCCAAGAAGGUUGGUGAUGAUAUUGCCAAGGCCACAGGUGACUGGAAGGGGCUGAGGAUCACGGUGAAACUCACAAUCCAGAACAGGCAAGCUCAGAUUGAGGUUGUCCCUUCUGCCUCUGCCCUGAUCAUCAAAGCUCUUAAGGAGCCUCCACGUGACAGGAAGAAGCAGAAAAACAUUAAGCACAGCGGCAGUGUCAGCUUUGAUGAGAUUGUGAGCAUUGCGCGGCAAAUGAGGCACAGGUCGCUGGCCCGGGAGCUGUCUGGAACCAUUAAGGAGAUUCUAGGGACUGCUCAGUCUGUUGGCUGCAGUAUUGAUGGCAGGCAUCCUCAUGACAUCAUUGAUGACAUCAACAAUGGCUCAAUAGAGUGCCCAGCUAGUUAAAGACUGCAGCAAAGAAGAAAAGAUCAUGAAGGUUCAUGUAGAUUUUUGUAACUUGUGAAGCUUCAUAAUAAAACUGUAGUUGUCUAA